CCACCGACACCUCGCAUUCCUCCCGUCGUUUCUCGUCCCUCCGUCCUACUUACUCCUCUCAUCUCUCGUUUCCCUCAUCCUCAUCCCUCUCCGUUGCCGUGUCGCACCUGCGUACCUACACCUCAACUACAUCCUACCACCUCAACGACUGCACUCCUACGAUCGCCUGACCUACCAACCAAAGGCAGAUUGCAUUGCCUGGUCUCGUCUGCAUACACGGCAUUCCGGGCCUGCUUCCUUCGUGGGAGCUCUUGAUCCACGUCACAUCGCACAAAACAUUUGGUGGUCGCAGCCGCCGUGAAGGCUGCGUCUAGCAAGAAUAAAUCUCAAUCGAUUGUCACUGCAUCCGCUUGCUCUCGACCACCUACGAUCUCCUGCGAUCUUAAAUAUCGUACCUUCUCCAGGAAACAUCCUUCGACUUCACCUUUGCUUGGCACAGCCGCGCCUUCCUCCUGUUUCUUCUUCACCGACACCUCCAACAACAACAAAACACAUCAACAAGAUGGCGCACGCACAUGCUGGGAGUCGUGGUGACUCUACGGCUUUCCCUUACCGCCAACUGGUGGUCCUUGGUAUCUGUCGAAUAUGCGAGCCGAUCGCCUUCAUGUCCAUCUUCCCGUACAUCUACUACAUGAUCGAAUCCUUCCACAUCACCGACGACAAGAACCGAAUCGCCCUUUAUGCCGGUCUCGUUACCUCCGUCUUCGCCGCCGCCGAGUGCUUGGGAGCCGGUUUCUGGGGAAGGCUUAGCGAUAGAAUGGGUCGCAAGCCAAUCCUGCUCACUGGCCUCGCUGGCACGGGCAUCAGCAUGCUCAUGUUCGGCUUCGCACCAAACCUUCCUGUGGCACUACUCGCCCGUGCGGUGGGAGGAGCUCUCAACGGCAACAUUGGUGUGCUACAGACCACAGUGAAUGAGGUCGUGAAGGUCGAGGCUCAUCAGGCACGCGCGUAUGCCAUCAUGCCAACCGUCUGGUGUAUGGGAGCGUUCGUUGGAGCUGGCCUUGGUGGUGCACUUGCUGAUCCCGUCAAGAACUACCCGACCGUCUUCCAACCAGGCACAAUCUUCGACAAGUUCCCAUACCUCCUCACAAACUUGGUCUGCGCGGGAGUGGUGGUUUUCAGCAUGAUUGUGGGAAUACUCUUUUUGGAAGAGACGCACGAGGAUCUCAAGGAGAAGAAAGACGUUGGACUGGAGGUUGGAAACUGGAUCAUUGCGCGAUUCGUCGGCAAGCCAGCGGACAGGAUAUCUUGUAGCAAGGAAGAGAUGAGCGAGGAGACACUCUGCUUGAUCGACGAUUUGCCUCCGGAUUACAGAAGUACAGCUUCUUCGCCUGCGCUGUUACCCACCUCUGUUUCUGGGCUUCCGCCACCAGCGUAUCGAUCGAUCGAUGAGGACAUGUCAUUUGACGUCGAAGAGACUCUGAGCCGGAAUGAGCAGAAAGCGAAACUGGCAGUGAGCCGCGCCUUCACCAAGCAGGUACUGCUGAACAUUACUGGAUACGGCAUUCUGGCAUACCACACAAUUUCCGCCGAGCAGCUGCUUCCUGUACUGCUCAGCAUGCCGAAAUCCGACACUCCCGCGCAUCUGCCCUUCCAGUUCACCGGAGGCUUCGAACUUUCCACCAAGGUCAUUGGUGGUAUUCUCUCCGUGCAAGGAAUCAUUCAAAUGAUUGCCACAAUCGUCGUAUUCCCAUGGGUCAACCGAAGACUAGGAAGCCUGUGGACAUAUCGAUCCGUUGUUCUGCUGUACCCAUUCCUGUACUUCCUCGUGCCGUACAUCUCCUUGGCUCCGGACUCGCUCAAGAUGCCAUUGGUCUACCUGGCCUUGGUGUGGAAAGUGACCGCACAAGCGUUCGCCUUUCCUUCCAGCAGCAUCAUGCUCGCCAACUCUGCACCAUCAAGCAAAGUGCUCGGUACACUCAAUGGUGCCGCGGCCUCUGCAGCCAGCGCAUGUAGAGCUUUUGGACCUACCUUCUCUGGUCUCCUACAAUCUGCCGGCUUGUCGAUCGGUACGCUCGGCCUUCCAUGGUGGGUGAACGUUCUCGUCGCCGGCAUCGGCGCCGCUAUCAGCAUGUGUAUGGUGGAG